GCUGCCGGUGUCGGGAUGUCCCCGGGGGGGGGCGGACGGGACUCGGGGCUCCCGGCGGGUCUGGGCCGGUCUCGCCCCGUUUAACUUGCAGAUUUCCGGGGUUUCAUUGUUGUUUUUCGCCCCGAUCCCGGUGCGACCGCUGGGAAGGGGACCGGGGCUUUGUGGAGGGGAGCGCGGACCCCGGGCGGUGUUGGGAGCAGAUCCCACUGAAUCCAGGGUGUUGGGGGGAGCCCAGCGCAUUCCUGGGGGAUCAGAUCCCCGUGGAUUCCCAAAGAAGGAGGCUCAGAUCCCUGUGGAUGGGGGUAGGAGCAGAGCCGGUGGAUUCCCAGCUGGAUCACUGCUCUGCAGCUCAUCCCACCCCUGUGCCUGUCGUGCCCUGUCCAUGCUUUUCCCAGGAUCCCAGCUGAUCCCACAGGACAGCUGCAGCCUGUGUGAGUCUGGCUGCAGGCCAGGACCUGAUCCCGGACAGGGAAAGUUAUGGGAUGCUGAAGGGGUAUUUCCCCAAGGGUCCCACCCUGGUGCCUGGGGGAUUCUCCAGAGUGGGAUCCCGGGUGGGUGAGCGCCAGCAUCGAGCAUCUCAGCGGGAUUCUGGGAAACAGGAGAUUGGGUCACGGGGACAAAAUGGGGGAAAACCUCGGGGUUUGGGUCAUCCUGGGUCUCUCCAUCCCCCCUGAAUCGCUGCUGCUGCCGUCGCAUUCCCGGGCACGCCGGUGCUCCGGUGGCUUGGGGUGUCCUCCCAGCCUGGCACAAUUCACCCUCUUCACUUGGUGUUUUUCUGGAAAGAGAAACCGGAAUGAAUCUCCUGGCUCACCUCGUGGCGGUGGCCAUGAGAGGGAGCCUCGGAACUGCCCGCACCGGAGCUGCUCCCGUGGCGUUGGAUGGGAUUCCGGGAGCUGGGCUGCUGCUCCCCGGGCUCCCGGCCAGCGCUGCUCUGGGUCCAUCCCGAUGGACUGGGUCUGGGGGCUGCUUCAGGCGGGUUUGGGCCAUACAGGAGAGCCUGUGGAAACGGCUCCAGCUUGUGGAGCUGGGCUGUGCUGCCAAGAAACUGCCAGGGAUGCCUGGCCCGCUCUGGGAUGGGGAUCCAAGCCCUCAGCAGCCCGGCUCUGGCUCUGGCUGUGACAUUCCCUGUUCCCCGUGGCAGCUCCGAGUGGACGGUUCAGCGGAAGCUGCGGGGACUCUUUGCCAUCCCGCGGUGCCUGGUCAGCGUGUUCAGCCUGUUCCUGGUGGAGCUGAUCCGCUUCCUUGGCGAGGCCGUGGUCCAGGCGCUGGUGGUGGGUGUCCUGACAGCCGUCGGCGACCAUGUCCUGAAGCCCUUGCUGGCAGCAGCGUUCCACAGCCUGCUGCAGCCGCUCCUGCUGUUCCUGCUGAAGGUGCUGGGCGGCGUGCGGGACCUGACGGACCCGGUGCUGGACGUGGUGGCCCGGGUGUGCUCCCAGCUGGCCGUGCUGCUCCGCGCCGUGCGCCUGGUGGAGAUCCGCCUGCGCCCGGACCUGCGGGCUGGCGACGGCGGGCCUUGAGGACAGCCUGCGGGUGGCCAGAUAAGAUAAGGAAGAGGAAUUCCUGGGAAUUGCAGAAGAGCAGGGCUGGCUGCGGCCCAGGAGGCUCUGGAGGGAUGGGACUGUUGUUGUCUCCACGUGUGCCUGGGCAGGGAGCAGCACAUGGUGUGCUGGGAGGGGGGUUUGGAUCUUCUAGUUUUGCAAAUAUCUCCUUAACUUAAUUAAAUUCCAGUUUUAUCCGUU